AUGGCCGCCUCCAUCUUCCGUCCCUUGCGGACGGUGAUUGAGCCCAUGCGCUUCCCGGCUAGGACCGCCUUUACCAGUCCUCAUCUACGGCUCUCGCAAAAUACUUGGCGACCCUCUAGUCUUGGUCCCGGUGUCCCGGCGUCAAGAGCCCAAAGAUCAAUAUUCUCCGCGAGGGGAUACUCGACCACCCCUCCAGACCGACCCUCUACAACGAAUCAAACAUCCUCGUCAUCGCCUGAACCCAAGCCUUCCGAGCCCUCCUCUUCCUCCCCCACCUCGAGCAACGCCGAGCCUCCUCAACCCGAGUCCGCCAGCCCCGCCAAAGAGGAAUCGCCGCCCCCUCCCAAGAGCUCCCCACGCCUCCCCGACUCCUGCGGGGAGCUCCCCUCCGCCGCCGAUAGCCGGCGCUCCAAGCUAGCGGCCCGCUUCUCCGCCUUCAUGGACAACCUGCAAGACCGCUACGUAGACGGCCUACAGGCUUUCAACUCCAUCACAGGCUACUCCGCCAUCGAGGCCAUCACCGCCAACAACGCGAGCCUGGAAAAGUCUCUCGGCGAGGCCCGCACCAACAUGCGCGACGCCCGUGAGCGGUACCAAGACACCUCGUCGCGGCAGGUGCAGACCCAGCGCGACAUGGCGACCCUGCUGGCGCGCAAGGCGUCGUGGAUGCAGUCCGACAAGAACCAGUUCGCCGAGCUGCUCGACCUCGAUUACAAGCUGGAGCGGGAGGUCGGCGACGCCGCCAAGGCCGUUGCCGAGGCCGAGGGCAAGGAGCAGAGCUUGCUGUCGGAGUGGGUCACGGGCAUGUCGAGGCAGUACUACGAGCACCAGGUCUACAGCGAUAGGAUACGGAGGGCGAGCACGUGGGGCACGUGGGGCCUCAUGGGCGUCAACGUCCUGCUCUUCCUCACCCUACAGUUUGUGGCCGAGCCGUGGAAGAGAGGCCGGCUCCUCAACAGCAUGGAGGAGAGGGAGGUGAAGCUGCUCGACACGGUAGAUGGCCGCAUCGACGAAUGCUUUAGCCAGUUGAGGGGCGACCUGCGCGAGAGCCUGGACACCCUAAAGGCGACUGUGGUUGGCGUAGGCCAUGGCCCGGCGACAGCCGCGGCCCCGGACUCGGCCUCGGUCCUAGCGCCGGCGGUAGCAUCGGCCGCAGACGAAGAGGUGGCGGGGGCGGUCACAGCGACCUGGACCGACAUGCUCCGAGACCCACGGCUUCUUAGCGGCCCCAUCGGCAGGGCUUACGAGGCGGUAAGGGCCGAACUGCGCGUCAAGGACGUGGUCGUUAUCGGGCUGCAGGGAGCCAUACUGGUCUUGUUGAUGAAGAACUAA